ACACUGCAGAAGCGGAAGUCAACAUCAUGUCUGUGGAGGACCCGUUUUUCGUGGUGAAGGGUGAGGUGCAGAAGGCACUGUCUAGAGCCAGAGGGCUGUUUGAGCGCUGGGAGGAGCUGUUACAGGAUGGGACACAGGUGAGCAGAGAUGAGCUGGACUGGAGCACCAAUGAGCUCCGAAACUGUCUGAGGGCCAUAGACUGGGACCUAGAGGACCUCAGCGAGACCAUCAGCAUCGUGGAAUCGAAUCCCGGAAAGUUCAGACUCGGCGACAAUGAACUUCAGGAGAGACGAGACUUUGUGGAACGAACCAGGAAAUCUGUACUGGAGAUGAAGGAGCAAUUGUCCAGUCCAUCUGCUGUGGCUCAGGCUGAAAAGAAGAACAGACAGGCUCUGAUCUCGUCGGGGGAGCGUUCAACAGGACUUGAGGCUCAUCUGGUCUCAGCAAACUCCAGAUACAUCCAGGAGCAGCAGGAGCAGCAGCAGUUGAUAGUGCAGGAGCAGGAUGAGCAGCUGGAGCUGGUCUCUGGGAGUAUCCGAGUACUUAAAGACAUGUCGGGACGUAUCGGGGACGAGCUUGAUGACCAGGCCGUGAUGCUGGAGGACUUUGGAGAUGAGAUGGACCAGACGUCGUCGAGAAUGGACUCCGUGCUGAAAAAGUUAGAGAAAGUGUCCCACAUGACCAGCAGUCGAAGGCAGUGGUGUGCCAUCGGAGUCCUGGUCGCCAUCAUGAUUGUAGUCCUCAUCCUCUUCUUCGCCCUUUGAACAAUAUGAACAUUGACCUUUGCUCCACACACCGCGCCCCAUCCACUCCCGGGUCAGAACACUCCUGAUUGGACACGCCACCUGUCAAUCGCUCUUUUUAACGUAAAGAGUUGAACUUGCAGAUGGGAGAUGAGGGUAGCCUUUUGAACGGCACGUUGAAUUCAGAGCUGAAAUCAUGGUGCAGUUAGUUUUAUUUUUUAUUUUUUAUCAUGAUUUUGUGAUUUUAUUGGGUGGAUUCAUUUUAAUCAUUGACUUUUGACGUAACAUCCUCUUAAAAUAUAUUGAUUUGAUAAUAUUUAUACCACAGUUAUCACCAAUAUUAACCUUAUCAAAUGAAAAUGCAAGCUUAAAUUACAAGACAUAAGGCAGUACUUUUUUCCCUUAAAGUGGCUCUAUUAUGCAGACAUGCUUGAAGAGGAUUUAGGUUAAGGUUGGCAGUUGGAUCCUUGUUACUUGCAGUGGUGUUGUGUCGUCGGGUAAGACACUUCACCCCCUUUCCCAUGUAUUAGGUUCAGAAUGGCCGCCGCAUCUGUCAGUUUGUCCCUGGGCGACUGUGGCCUCAGGAUAAUGCAAUGUAAAGCAACUUAAGCUACAAUACAAAAUGCUAUGUAAGAUAUCGAUUGUUUAUGUAGUAAUUUCAUUGAAUAUUUGUAUGUAUUUUUCAUUGAUAACUACAGAAUGCAUUUGAAAAACAGUUGUUAAUGGGAGUGGGGCUUUUCAGUGUUGCCUUAAACUGUAUAUUUUUGUAUAGUGUUUGUGAAACGUGCCUAAAUGAACUAUAACAACUGUAACAUUAAUGCAUUGUUUUGUUUUUGUAGUUUUCUGCCAAUAGGCUGCAUUCACGUAACAUCAUGCAGAUUUGUUGACCUGGUUUAUGGUUAAUAUCUCUGUAAUCACUGGCCCUAUCCACAUGAAACAAAAACUGGCGCGAAGUUUAACAGCUGUCAGUAUAAAUAAACAAAAGUGAAAUAAUUUUUUUGUCAGUUGAAAAGAAUAAGAUUAAAUGAAUAAUAAUCAUACCAUAGGCCCCUGCCCUUCAUUUGAGAUUGCGAUGUCAUUGCAUUCAAGAAUGUGAAUGCAACCUACUUUGAUAAAAUCUGUAUUGAUACUUUGCAGUGACAUUGGGAUGGUUCUUGUAUACAGAACCUACCGUAUAUACUUGUUUAACAGCACAAAUCAGCUCACCUAUUGAAGUUGCAAGUCAAUUCUUUAUUGCUAGAUUGUGUUAAAACAAACCUCAGAUUAAAGUCUAACUUGAGUAUGAGCUUCAGACAGAGCAGUGCAUACAGUUAUCAUCACACCCCCAGGAAAUAUUGAUGACAUCAGCUGCAAAGUAUCAAUUGUUUCUGAUUUCUAAUUCUGAAGAUUUACAAAAACAAAAAAAACAACACUUGUACCUUGAGAGACAAUUGCUGGGGAGAAAGCUUCAUUUCAUUGUUAUUCCCAAUCUUACACCUCCCCCUUGUGGACUUGUGGUGUAUUGUAAAGUUGAUUGACUGAUUUACAAAAAGUAGUUUACAAAAAGAAUUUUUCAGCUUCUGUCCAUCCUGUACAAAACAUAUUUUUAUUUUUAAAUUUUAGUUAAUCUUUUUUUCUUGUAUCUGAUCAAUUUUAUUGGUAAACUGCUUUAGAUUCUUACCAAAGGCUUGAGUUUAAAGGGCCUGUACCUGAUUGUAACUAAUAUAAUGUCGCCAAGGUAAAUGCUCUUCACAUUAUGCACUGUUUGGAAAAAACAGCUUACUUGAAACAAAUUCUGUAAUCAAUAAUCUACACAGCAUUUUCUCAGGUAAUAACUAAUACAGAAGCUUCUGACAGCUCCUGACUUCUUUUUAAUUAAUACUAAGAAUUAUGGGAAACAACUGCCUGACACUAUCCCAGACACUUAAUUCUGUCAUGGUGCAUUUUCAAAUAAUAAAAAAAUAUAUAUAGUAGCCAGAGAUUUAGGUGCUAAAAGGAAACAGCCAAAUGACACUAUCCCAGACAGUUGUUUGUCAUGGCGCAAUAUCACAGCGGCAGAAAGAACUAAAUGGGCGGGGCUAAACUUAAACAUGGUACUAAUGGUUUGAAAUCAGGUACAGGGUCUUUAAAAUGGUAACGUGCUUUAUUGUGUAUUUUACAGAUAUCUGAUGAAUGAACUGUACAUUGGCCACAUUCAGAGUUGAUGUGGGGUAAAGUGGAUUUAUGGAUGUUUAUGAAGUGCAUUAAAAUAAUUUCUUUCU